AAGAGGCCGGGAGAGCACCGAAGGGUCAAGGGUCAAUGUUGAAACCAUUGUUCCACCUUAAAAUAUUCUCUGGUUGAAACUAGCGCUCUGCUCGGAAUUUUCGUGCUUGCUCUGGGCAAUCCAUGGAGGUGGGGAACUGUAUACUCUGCAGGGCCCGGCAACUCUCUAUCAAAAUUGGGGACAAAGCUCGAGGUUGCUACUAUAGGAAGCGCUAGUGUCGCCGGGUGCAGCUGCAGGUUAGGCUCGCCAACAUUCCCACAUAUAAAUUGGCUAAUUUGUGAGAAAUACGAAAAGUGUCUUCUAAAUGUACAAUUAUUCAUAAUGUCUACUUGUAAGAAACCUCUGAAGAAAGCGCGAACGUAGACGUUAUCUUUUGUAACAUUAUGAUCCUGCUUGCGACCCGCGAACUCACGCAGCAGUCACGCACGUUAAAAGUAUCGUUGGCAGCAGUUCCUAUUUUAGUUCCUGUAAAGAAGGUGAUGCAGCAGAGCGCGCCACCAUAAUGGUUUCCACCACGUUAUAUGGGAGUUAUAGGGCCCUGAUACUCUGGAGGGGAAGUGAAGAUGACAAGUAGUGGAAGGGGGCACAUUGAAUUAUUGUGAAGGGAAGAAAUGACGGGGGAAUGAAAUUCCAACAACAUACGCAAUGAGUGGUUGUUUAUAAAAUUGAAUAGACUUGAAACGAAUAUUCCAAAGGUAGUGAAAUUGCGUUAUUAAGAAACUAUUGCCGCCAAUGAAGACAAUAUCAUCUUGAAGUACUGAGUAAAUCGAGUGCAUUUGAUUAAUUUGCGUUCGAUUGUUCUUUCCAGCUCCAGAUAUUGCAUUUAUUUUAUGUAUGAAUGCUUCGCAUCACUUUGUCGGCUUUCGUAUUUCUAUUGUGUUCAUGACGUAACCCUAACCUACAGCAAUGACAGGAGAGAUGGCUUCUAGUAAUAUUCAAGGCCGUCAUACCAGGCAGCCUAGCAAAAAUACGCUACUGAAAGUAGUGAUCCUGGGAGACGGUGGCGUUGGAAAAUCGUGUCUCAUGAAUCGCUUUGUUAGUAAUCAUUUUGAUGAACAUUCUUUUCACACUAUUGGAGUGGAAUUUCUAAAUAAAGAUAUAGAAAUAAAUGGGGAAAUGUACACAUUACAGAUUUGGGAUACUGCAGGACAAGAGCGAUUCAAAAGUUUAAGAACUCCAUUUUACCGAGGAUCAGAUAUAUGCUUGCUAACCUAUGCAAUUGAUGAUCGUACUAGCUUCAGAAAUUUGGCUCUGUGGCGGAAUGAAUUCCUGUAUUAUGCUGAUGUUAAAGAAGGUACCACGUUUCCUUUUAUUGUAGUAGGCAACAAAGUUGAUAUGGCCUCUGAGCAGCGUGAAGUGACUGGGGAAGAAGCUCGAGCCUGGUGUGAAGAAAAUGGUGAUACUGUAGACUUGCGUCGCCAGCAACCAGAACAGCGAUCUUCAUGCUGUUUAUAUGUUGGAGGUAAUGCAGAUUAAAAGGUGUAAUUGAUCAUUAAAAUUAAGUAGCAAAAAGCUAGUCAACAGUGAAGAAUUCAUGUGGCUUAGUGUGAUAUCUCAGCAGCCUUAUAUUAAACAAUCUCGUGUCUCAGAAUAUUCCCUGAAAUAUUGGUAAUACUUGAAAAAAUGGCUUUCAUCUUUGAGAUGCUCAGGUCACUAAAAAUAUUUACAAUGAAAGGAGCACUUAUUAUUUACUCUUUUCAAGGUGAAUGGUAUUUUUUUAAAUUACCCAUUGUUAACAUUGUGUUUUAAGGAAUAGAUUAUGGUAUUUUAUCCUUUGAACAUAGCAAUAAUGUUAUAUACAUAAUCCUUCAAAUAAUUUUAACAUUUGUAUUACUAGCAUUAUUAUCGUAAUACUUCAUUGUUUUUCUAGCAAUACUGCUAAAUUGUGAGUUUUUCAGGGUAAUUUUUUUUUUUUUUUUUUUUGUGUGUGUUGUCUCUCAUUAUUGUGGAUCAAUAACACAAGUAAAUUUUUUGAAGGAUAUAUAUUGUCAGUGUAAUUUUUUCAGGAGAGCCAACAUUUUGUCUUCUAUUAUUUAUUUUUUGAGGAAAGAAAUACCAAAUAAUAUCAAACACAAUAAUAAAGCCUGCCCAACUAGAAAAAUAAAUAAAACAAUUGUGUAAUUUAGUUUGAAGGAUCCUGUGUGAUCUGUUGAAAUGUAUAGAAGGAUCUAACUUGUACUUUAGUAAAUCAACUAUUAACUUUCUAAUUUGCAUUAAAGAUAUUAGUUGAUAAUCAUAGUUUCUGACUGAUAAUAAUGUUCAGAAUGUGCAUUUCUGCCCCUACAAAAAGCUAAAUUGUUCUGUCUAAAAAAUGUUUGAUACAUUUCAUGUUUGUUUAUAUAUUAGUUAUUUUAUGAAUUGUUGUUAUGUUGUAGGUAAGAAAUUUUACUAGAAUAUUGUGGCACAAUAUUUCAUAAAAUGUUUUUUAAGAAUAUUUAAAAAUCUGUUCUUGACCAAUUUUAUGGUCAUAGGAGUUUUCACUUUUGCUGAAACUAGAAUUUCUGGAAGCUGUACAUUCCAUUUCAAUAAUUUCCUUCUUUGUUUUGUUGCAGUACAGUUAUGAGGUGCAGUAAUGCAAUUCCAGUUUAUUUGUUACGUAUUGCAAUAUAUUCUGUUUAUAAAAACAGUAUAUUGAAUUAUUGUUAAUUUAAGAAAUAUUUUUCGUGCUUUGAAUGUGGAUUUUUGUAAAUAGGCUUCCUAGGUUGGAUUGCGUUACUUACUGAGAGAAGACUAAUGAUAAAACUUAGCCUGCUGGCUAGUAAGUUAGGAAAGAGAGGAAGAACAUUUUUUAAAUACAAAAGUGUAGCUUAACAAUGGUACAUUACUCAGAAGAUAAGAGUAUUUUCUUCAUUAAUUCUGUAAGUGUUUACUCCAUUCAAACAAAUCAAAAUUAAACUUUUAAGUAAUAAAAUAUUCUUUCCAUUUAUUUGAUUCUUCGGAAAAAGAGCACUAAUUUAAUGCUUUCAAGUUUAUUUACAAUAAUAAUAGUAAUAAUAAUAAUAAAGAUAAUAAAUGCUGAUUUAAUGAAGUAACCACUUAUCUUUUGAACAUAAUAGAUCUCAUUGCUUAGGAGGUGGUACUUUUUGAAGCAUUGUUCACUUUGCUCAUCUGUUAAUGGUAUUUAGCGUUGCAUUAUAGAUAUUAAUAUUCUUUCAUCCCUUUCAUUUUAACAAAUAGGUUUUCAUCAUUUGUUCUUUAUCUUAGUAAAAAUAUUAGUUAGAAAUGAGGAGCAGCUUGUUUUUUUUUUCUUUGCUAUGACUUCUUAUCUUGAUAUCUCUUCUAUUCAGUAUGCCAAUAUGUAUGUAUGUAUGUAUGUAUGUAUGUCAUCCUACUAUGAUAUGAUUUGAGCUGGGAUUGCAAAUGAGAAUUUUACCAAGUAAUGUGCAAAACAAAUGCAAAGUUAAUAAUUUUUAACAAUGUUAGGCAUAAAAAAUACAUUUUUAUUCAUUACAGAACAUUUUGGGUAAAAUUCAUUGUAUAUUUUCAACAAUUUCA